AUGAGGCCCAGCGCACAGAAGAUUCGAUGUGGGAAGGAGCGUCCAAGUUGCGCGCGUUGCUUCAGCAAGGACAUAUGCUGCAACUAUAGCCCCUCGCUGCGUACAGGCAGGCACCCAGGCUCUGUAGUGGAUCAACAGUCAUACAAUUUGCAUGGCAAUGUCGAUCUGCCAGCGUCAGAGCGAAACGAGCUGGAUGUAUCAUCGCCGAAUGGGCAAUCCUGCAGCAACGGACAUGAUAUUAGCGAUUUUCUCCAAGACAAUUGGCCAUGGGACAAGCCACUGGGCGGUUUGGCGGACGCCACGGCACCUGUGCACUCACAUUUCUCGAGUAGUCGCGAUUGGGCAACGAUGGACUGGACCAAGGCACCGAGUACUCGGGUCACGCCGUUGGACUGGUCACCGCCGCACACGCUGCCACCGGGAAUGGAACACAACAAUUGCCCACAGCACGACUGCUACGCGACUUUACUGCGUUUAGCAGCCGAGCAGCUGCAUGUUCCUAGUCAGAAAUGUUUGAACGCAGCCAGCGGAGUGCAGGCGGACGCUCGGUGCGCCAGAGAUGUGGAUUCGCUCUUGACUGAAAAUCGAGAAGCGAUCCGCCUCCUUGACCGGAGUCUAAGCUGUGCGUGCAUGUCGGACAUGAGCGUGAAGCUGGUGGCAUACAUGGUGGCGAACAAGAUUGUCUCCAUGUAUGGGGCGAUAGUGGGGGAGCCUGACUGCGGCGAUAUCGUGGACUCUCCGAUCUUCAUUGGCUCUUACGCAUUAGACACAGCUGCAAGACGCUCCGUCAGGGCUCGAACCGUGCUGAACGAGAUUCGACAGCAGGUCGAGCCCGUGGUCGCGAGACUGCCUCGCUUUCAACCCGUCAUUCCGAGUGAACGAGGCGGACCCCAGGAGCAAACCUGCGUGGUAAAGACGGACGAAGCAGUGCCCAUCGAGUGCAUGUUGCGGACUGAACUGCAAAGAGUCGUUGCCAUCGCGAAUAGCAUGAUAUAUUAG